UAUAUAUAUAUAUAUCAAGCCUUCUUAUCCUCUCCUACAUAGAGCCAGAGAUUUCAUGGAAACAGUUGAAGAUAUUGUGAUUGUUGGAGCUGGAAUUGCAGGCCUUACAACUUCGUUAGGACUUCACAGGCUGGGAAUCAGAAGCUUGGUAUUGGAAUCAUCAGAGAGUUUGAGGGUCACUGGAUUUGCCUUCACAACAUGGAGUAAUGCCUGGAGGGCCUUGGAUGCUGUUGGGAUUGGUGACUCUCUUCGCCAACAACAUCUACAGAUACAAGGAAUAGUAGUUACCUCCUCCACAUCAGGACAACCCUCUUCAGAGAGAUCCUUGAAGGCCAAAGGCAAACAUGGAGAAAAUGAAACAAGAUGCAUGAGAAGGAAGUUGUUGUUGGAAGCACUUGAAAAAGAACUCCCCAGUGGCACCAUCAGGUUCUCCUCAAAGGUGGUUUCUGUAGAGGAAUCAGGCUACUUCAAGUUGGUGCAUCUAGAUGAUGGAAGUAUCAUCAAGACCAAGGUGUUGAUUGGAUGUGAUGGGGUUAACUCAGUGGUGGCAAAAUGGCUUGGCUUCAAGAAACCAGCUUUUGUAGGAAGAUCUUCCAUCAGGGGAUAUUCAGAGUUCAAAGACAGUCAUGGCUUCGGGCCCAGAUUUCUACAGUUCUUCGGAAAAGGCAUUCGAUCCGGUUUCAUCCCUUGUGAUGAUAAGACUGUUUACUGGUUUUUCACUUGGAGUCCCUCCAGCCAAGACAAAGAGGUAGAGGAUGAUCCUGCAAAGAUGAAGCAAUUCGUGUUGCGCAAGUGUCACGAAUUACCUGAUCGAGUAAAGGCAGUUUUAGACAACACUCCACUGGAUGGCAUAAUAUGUUCACCACUGAGAUACAGACAUCCAUGGGAAGUACUAUGGGGAAAUAUCAGCAAAGGUAAUGUUUGUGUAGCAGGAGAUGCACUUCAUCCUAUGACACCAGACCUCGGCCAAGGAGGGUGUGCAGCUUUGGAAGAUGGCAUUGUUUUAGCAAGGAGCAUCGCAGAGGUCUUAAAGAAAACGCCGAGCGAAGAGAUUGAAGAAACGGCUGCAGGGGAAUUGGAGAAGGAAGAGUUUAAGAGUAUUGAAAUGGGAUUGAAGAAGUUUGCCAAAGAGAGAAGAUGGAGAAGUUUUGAUCUGAUCACAACAGCCUAUGUGGUUGGUUCAAUACAACAAAGUGAAGGCAAGAUAAUGAACUUGUUGAGGGACAUUUUCUCUGUAUAUCUAGCUGGGUUGUUGAGUAAGAGAGCUGAUUUUGAUUUUGGGAAGCUCACCAUUUCUGAUCAUAUGCAGUAGCUUCAAGAAACAUGAGAUGAACUUGUGGUCGGUAGUUUGAUUUAUGAAUUUGAAGGUUAAAGUGGAUUAGAAGGCCACAUGGGAGUUGCUUAAAGGAAUAUCUACGUGGUACCAGAUUAGUACUAGUAGAAUAAGUUUGUUAAGAUAAUUGGGUAUAAGAAAGGAAGGAAAGAUGUACAGGGUAUUGGGAGGUUCCUAGCUCCUCGAAGCGCUAGUGUUAUCUUUUCUUUUCAUUUUCUUUCAUUCUGUUCUUCUUCAUUUUUUCCAUUAGAGUUCUCAGUUCUGAAACAUCAAGUACUGCAGAUUAUUAAUACAAAUAUCAGUGCAUUAUUCAGUGUUUAAUCUUGUUCUCUG